ACGCCCCCCCCAUCCCACCACACACGCGCACCGCACUAAAUCUCUUUUUCAUCUAGUGAUGUACCUCUUCGUUUAGACAUAGGCGUGUAAGGAGGCCUCUGAACAGAAGAAGACAGUAGAAAAGCUAAGACCAAACAGGAGAAAGAUCACAUGUUUAUUUUUUUCCAAUUGUUUCGAUGGGAAAAAGCUUCAGUGGAGGGCAGGGGAGUUAAAGAGGGGAGGAAUCUCAAGUUGGUGUCUUUCCUUUUCCCACUUUUCACUGUGCGCUUUGGGCGUGGUCUUGUUUUGGUUUUAGAGCUUUUAUGUGUAGUAGAGGAGGCACUGGGUGAGGCUUUGGCUUUGAAUGGUUUGGACUGAGCUGCUCCGUUCUUCUCUGAAACCGAUGCACUCUUGCUUCUUCUCAGGUCGCUGAGAGCAGAGGGGAUUCUCUGAUUGCCUAGUCUUUUCACCCCUUCUUUGCAACUGUGUUUCUUGUCCUUCGAAGCCUUCUCUGUCCAAUUCAUGGCGUUUUCCGGUGUUUGCCCUCCUGUGUUAUUAGAAAUUUUUGGCCUUUAUAAAUCAAUCCCUGCUCUGACCGAUGAUCUUUGAAGUUAUUUGUCUAAGUUUAUGCCAUUAGUCCUGCUGGUAAAAUGGGAUCUUGAAUCGGUAAUUCUAGGUUUGUAUCGUAAAAAAGCUUCCUUUUUUUUUCUUAGUUUCGUUCCUGAGAUCAAUAAAGCUGUCGGUAUCUGGAACAUUGGGUUCUGAUAUGAGCUGGGGGCUCGGUGACUUUUGAGGAUUCUCUUCUGAGAUUGGUGGGUUUGGUGAACUGGUUUUUGGAAGAGGUUCUAUGCUCUUGCGCUCUUUAUCCAUGUGUGCUGUUCUAUCAGCUGUCUUCGAAUUAUUCUCGAUAGAUUUGCUGACUCUUGUUAUUCUUGUUUCCAGUUGAGUGCUUGCCUUUCUUAUCGGUUCCAUUUGGAUGGUCUUGUUCUAUGUCAUUUGGUGUCAAUCUUUAUCAGUUAUUUAGGUCUCUGUAGUUGGAUUGACAUUGUUCAGGAUCACCGAGAUCAAAUUUGGCAAAGUAGAUCAAGUUUGAUUUUUUUUUUUUUCCUUCUACGUCAGAGGAAGGGAUUCAAUUUUCGGUAGCUGUCCCUUUUGGAUUUCUUUGUCAGGGGACAGAGAGAUGGAAAUGAAUGCAAAUGAUAAAUUUGGGAUGGAGAAGAGGAGUGGGGUUCAUUUGAACCACCAUAUUUCUGGUGUCUCUGCCGACUGCCAAUUUGGCACACCAUCAAUGGGUGCUGUUCCAGCCAACCCUGCCAUUGCCAUGAGCCAAGGUGUUUCAAUGAUUUCCUCCUCAUCUCCUUCAGUUCCUGGGGUGGACUUCUUUGGUCCUGGCCUCUGGAGCCACCCUGCCAAUCCACAGAACUUGGGUUUUAGCAAUGCUCAGACCAACACAGGUGCCUCCAGUAGCAUACCAAUUGGAAAACCAGUUGCAGUGUCUUCUAGAGGAAUGUUCUUGCAAGCCAUCCCUGGAGUUCUACCCCCAAACCUCUCUCAUUUUCCUGCUGAUUCUGCUUUCAUUGAGAGGGCUGCGAGGUUUUCGUGCUUUAAUGGUGGUAAUUUUAGUGGCAUGAUGAACCCCUUUGGCCCAUCUGAAUCUUUGACUCCACACCCUACUGCUUCAAGAGGCGUCACUGGAACUCAGGGCCACAAGAGCGAAUUAAACAUGACUGAAGUCCCCAGGGAUAUCACUGUGCCAAUUGAUCAUGGAUCCAGUAGUGGAAGUCCAUUGAAAAAUCAAAGAGACAAGGGGAGCUACCUAGUUGGGGGCUUGAGCAAUGUGUCCCGAGAGGCCAAUUUUACCGAAGUUGAUCAGGAAAAGUCUACUGAAUUGGCCAACGCAGCUGGGAAUUCUUCUUCCAGUGAUCUUGGUUCAAAGAAGAGAAAAAGAUCCAACCAGGAUAUGGAAUUGGACCAAGUACAAAGAGGCACACAGUUAUCAAUGGAAAACACAAAAGAUAAUGCUGAAACCGAACAGAAUCUUGAGCAGAACAGCUCAAGGCCUAAUGGGAAGCAGGCCAAGGAUAGCACAGAAGGUUCAAAGGAAGAUUAUAUUCAUGUGAGAGCGCGGCGUGGCCAGGCAACUAAUAGCCAUAGUCUUGCAGAAAGAGUAAGAAGGGAAAAAAUAAGUGAAAGGAUGAAGUAUCUUCAAGACCUUGUGCCUGGUUGCAGUAAAGUUACAGGAAAGGCGGUCAUGCUGGAUGAGAUCAUAAACUAUGUUCAAUCAUUACAACGGCAAGUUGAGUUUCUAUCUAUGAAACUUGCAACUGUGAAUCCACGAGUGGACUGCAACAUAGAAGGGCUUCUUUCAAAAGAUCUUUUUCAAUUCCGUGGUGGUUCUUCGUCUAUGAUUGGUUUCUCGCCUAACAUGAUUCAUCCUCAGUUGCAUCCAUCUCAACAGGGUUUGGUUCAACCUGGGAUCUCUGGCAUGGGAAGCCCUUCAGAUGCAGUUAGGAGAGCAAUGAAUGCUCAAUUGACUGUCAUGAGUGGAUUCAAAGAGCCUACACCUCAGAUACCAAAUGUGUGGGAUGACGAGCUCCACAAUGUCAUGCAAUUGAGUUAUAGUACUAAUCCUCCUCUCAACACAAAAGAGUUAAACGGUAAACCUCGUGAUGGCUUCCCCAUAUGAACCUAUGACUCUAGCGGAGUUCCUUAGCUAAGAUAAAGUCUCCUCAUCUGGCUUCAUGGGUUUUGCUGCCACCAAGUUUUUCAGACGUCGAGCUUCGGUUAUCAUAUAUAAUACAUUUCAAGCUAGUCUUUUUUCAUGCAAAGCUCAUGCCCUUGCAACAUGGUAACUAAGAGGCAAAAGGGAAUGUAUAUGCUCAUCUGAUAGCUCUAGUGGGAAAUAGCUUAUUCCACUUCAAGCAUCCAAGUCCAAAGCAUUGUCUAAAGUUUCCUUGUUGUAUAGCAAUGGCUGCAAGCCCUGCAGUUGGUUAUAUUAUGUACUAGCUUCAUUUCUUUUUAUUACCAUUGUAUGAUGAUAUUGGAAUCAACAGCUUGGCAUAUGUAGCCCCAAAAUCCUGAACGGGUCUAGUGAAAUGGCCCUGAAUAUCAGGGUCUUUUUUAUAUUUGAAUACAAAUGAUGAUUUGUUUUUGUUUUAAAUGUUCAGGAUGCCAGUAAAAGUGUUUGUAAACAAUCACUCCAGAUUUGGGUUUCCUAUGUCUGAAGACAAACUUCCUUGUACAA